CGCCUCCUCGCGACGCGGGAGCUGGCCACAACUAGCCAAAGGUUGCAAGGCAAGGCGAGCGGCAGCCCCACAGCCGUCCCUCGCGCCCGCGGCAGGCCGUCGGGCAGCGCAGCCAUGUCCUUCAGGGUCACCUGCGAGAUCGUCCAACCUACCGUAGCCGAGGACGCCCCGCCGCCCCCGCCGAUCUCAUUGAGAUACGACUGGCAGGGCGAGGCCGUGGUUUCAAGCGACUGGACGGCGGCCGGCCAGGGUGGCGACCCCGGGUCCCAGGCUGCCAGUCGCGCGAGCAGCCGCCCCGCUACAAAUGAAGGCAGCCGGCCCGCGACGGCCGAUGAUGAAGAGGAGGAGGACGCGCCCCCCGCUGUACUACCAAGUGGACCGCUCGACCCGCCACCCGAUCAGCCAUGCUUGGUUUGUGAAAAAACACAUUCGAUAGCGACCUCGGACGACGCCCUCGACGCGUUAAACGAAAAUCCGGUAGUGUGCUUCAUCCUCGGGACGGAAGACGCGCCGUACGCGCAAGUGUUACAUGUGGACCUGUCCCAUUUCUUCGUCGCGGAUACUCCUCUCAUUGCUGUUCGGUCCACCUCGAACGGUGAAGCCUUCGAGUACGUCGACUCGAGUGACGACGAAGACGAGCAGGCGCCGUCCUCGAAACCGGCCGGACCGGCGACGCAUCUGUUGCGCUACGUUAGAAUCACCGUUUCGCUGGAGAACGCUCCCUUCCUCAACGACGAAGCGCGGAAGAAGCACAACCCCCUAUCUUUGACGGUAGAUAGGGCAUUACGAUUACCUGGUGUGAGAAGUGACGCUAAACCCCUACAGAAGUACGUGCAACCGGACCCCCACCAGCUACUCCGAGACGAGUGCAAGGGCGCCUUUUGUGUGGUCAAGCCUCCACUACCCUGUCCACCAAUGGCAGGAGAAGACCUCUCCCGUUCAGAGAGAGCUAUUCGCGCGUUAGGACGGGCGUCCGCGUCCGACGCGCGGGGCGCGACGUCGUCCAUCACCUGGAACCACACGACAGCGUGGCUGACCGGUCAGAUCGAUCGGGAGACGCUCGAGGAGCUCAUGGCCUCUUCACCAUUAGGGGUCGAGGUCCACGACCGAGUUUUGAAACCGCCGCCGCCCGACGAAGAUGAUGUGACCGAGGAGGACCAGCGGCUCGCGCUGCUCGCGGCGGAGCCGGACUUGAGACUAGAUGAUUGGUCUGCGUUAGUAGGUGCGCCUCGUCGUCAUUUCGAAGUCGUGGAGAGGGCUGUUAGAUCGAUAAGUUGGGUCGCGUGCAAACCACCAACACUAGAAAAGAGUGACGGCGACGUCACGCUGGAGGAAGUCGAUCAAUUAUUCAGACUAGCACUCACAGCAUCAUGGUGCAAGUGCGGCGACGACCACGCGCACGGCCAGGCCGAUAUCCGGGUGGAUGCGUUACUCGAGAACUCCGCGGCGUUAGCUAGAGCCUUCGCUCGGAACAAUAAGACGAAGCCCGACGCCGUACGACCCCUCGUCGAGAGUUCGGCAGACGUGACCGGCAGAAAGCGGAGAAUAACGCCGAAGGGCGGCGUCGACGAUUGGAGGUUAAACGAGGCCCAACGCUUAUGUGUCAAGACGGGGAUGUACUCCGAUGCGAAUUCCGUCGUCGGUGUGUCCGUCGGUCUCCAACGGCCUCUUCGCUCCUUACAGGAGGGCUGCUUUGUGGAUGGGUGCUUCUGGGAGGGCACUUUAGGGGACCAGCCCUUCGCUACACAAAACAGCAAGGGUAAGAUCUUCCGAGGGGCCUCCUCAGAAGCUCCAUUUGGACGCUUAGCUAUCAUGUUCCCCUACAAGGACGGCGAGUUACUUGGCAAACUGUUAGAAGCGAUGGAUGCCAUCAAUCAUCGUACCUUAAGUAGUACGAUGCCCGGCAGUCUCGUCAGUCACCAGUUGUCACCGGAAGAAGUCGAAGCAGCGGAGUCUGGCGAGCUCGAUAUCGUCAGUGGUUGGCACGUCAUCGACCCGGCCUGCCGAACCAUCGUGCUGGAAGGUCUGGCCGAUUCCAUAGCAGAGAUAGCUGAUGCAGUACCUAGAGACGCCAUCAAUGACGAUAGUUACAGAUUACUAGCGGACCCGACCGUAAGGUUCACGCAACGAGUCUACACGCAGUUCAACGUCGACCUGAAGAAGAUUCGGCUGCGAGAACCGUUACCGCUACUGGCGGAGUCGCCAGACAUCUAUAACCCAGUGAAAGUUGCUACCGGGGCCUUUACGGCCUUGGAUAGAUUGGUCCAGUUACGUAGAAGUCCUUCUUUGAGGCAGUUGGCUUUAGAUUCAAAUGGUGGCUUGCCCCUACCAGAGCAAUUAAGUCAAGUCGAGAGCAAGUUCGGCAAAGCCAUUUCCCUGGAGGACAUGGACGGCGUCGAUCGUAAGGCGCUGACGGUGGAUGACACCUUAUCGUUGGAGGAACAAUCGCAUCAUACUGCUAAGAAGAUAACACAUGAGCGACGGAAGGCGCCGACCGAUAGCACAACUCCUUUGCACUUCCUCGAAAGUACGAGGAACCGGAAGGAGACGGACUGGUUGGAGACGCGUCGACUCGAGAAUGCGGAAGCUGCUCAGGUCUAUGAAGUGCAAAAAGCUGCGAGAUUGAAGAGAAUCGCCGAGGACCCUAUUCCCGCGACUUAUGUCUAUUCGGGCCAGAAACUGCAGUACACGGAGCUCGCCAAAGCGGCACAACGGGAGGAGCUCAGCAAGGUCAAGAACUGCACCUUCGUGCGCUCGACCAAUGACAACUUUUUAUCGUUAGUAGUACCCAUGGUGGAUGAAGGUAAAUUGGAAAGGGACCAGAAGCUAGCUUCGAAACAAAAGUGGAUGACGUCCCGAGGCUUCGUCUAUCCCGCUCCCAGAGAACCGGGGACCUGGAACCGCCACCCGAAGAACGUGUCUGCGUCGCGAGCGGAAGAACUCAGGGAGGAGUGGGUCGAGGGCGAAUUGUUCCCCGAUCCGGAAGGUCGCGAGGACCACCCGGACAAGUGGACGGGCGGGAAGAACUUCGAUUCGAUUCCUGCGUUCGCUCGCGAAUUUGGCGGGUAUCAAUACCCGAAAUAUGAGAGGGAGUACAACUCCCACGAACUGGGCAACUGGAACCGGUUGCCCAGAGGUAGGAUGGUCGACGGGCACGUGCCUCCCGACGUGUCUAUUUAUCGACGAGGCACGGACGUGCCGCCGGCUUACGAUUCUCGAACGUAUUACAAGAGUGUGCACUUGGAGCCAGAUAAAGCCGCAAAUGAUAAAGCGAGGAAAGAUAAAUUACACGAGGAGUGGGCUUCCAGAGUUAUCGUCGACGACCCGGUCUUUAAAGUAGGAGGCUUCCUCCAGAAAGAUAGACCGGAUGCUUGUGAUAGAACCAGUGAUAUAUUGAAGGACCCGCCGAAGAAGUACGCUCUCAAACUAGUACGGAACGCGAAGCUCCCGUCGGGUCGCCGCGUGAAGAUGACGCCGGCGCCCUUUUCCAUAUUUGCCACUGGUGAAUUUAAGGAGGAAGAACGCUUCGAUCGCACUCUACGUAAUUAUGGAGGGCCCGAGGACUUCCCGAAAGAUGCACAGGGCGAGCCGAUCGACUUCCAGACUCGAAUUCAUCGGGACAUUAUGAGGAGAGCUUCCGAGAAGAUCCUGUGCGGCAAGACGAUCACUCCUGUAGAAGCGCAUGAGGUGUACGGGGACCCGCGGUGGCAUUCCGGGGGGCUGGACCUGGGGUAAGGC